AUGUCGUUCAGAGUGUCAUUGGGAUUAUUCUUCAAUUGGAUACAAGCUUUGGGAAUCAAAAUUGUUGAAAAUAAAGCAACACUCAAUAUAACAACUGACCCCGGAUUUAAAGAUGCCUUAAAUUUGGGUCUAAAGUUGAUGAAGUCAUUGUAUUUCUUUGUUGGAUUGAUGAGGCGUAUUAAAUCAACCUUUAAAGCUGUAAAACUUUCGAAAGAUCGUUUAAUGAACACAGAGAAGCUGUUAUGCUGUAAUUUAUGUCUUUUUGAUUUUAUUGGGUGUGUGAACGUGAAUGAACUGACUUUACCAAAAUCACUAAAAGAAAUCGAAAAAACACUUUCAAUUAUAUAUUUUGUAACAGUCAUACUUAAAAAAUGUUUUAAAGGGUGUGUUCGUCUCCAGGAUGUGAAGAUCCCAAAUACACUUUUAAGCAUUGAAUCAAAAGCAUUUGCAAGAUGUAUACGACUCAAACCAAUCACCAUUCCUCAAAGUGUGAAAUCAAUCGCAACCGAUGCAUUUGAAGAAAUAGAGUCCGAAAUAUUUCAGACAUUCAAACACUUAAAAUUUUUCAAAUGCGCACCAAUGUGGUUUCAGUUCUUGACAAAUAAAAAGAUAAAAGUUGCAAUAAUUCCAAAUGGAAUAGAAGAAUUAUUCAAAAGAAAACUGUUUGGAAUUGACUCAUUAACGUUUUUGUCGAUACCAGACAGCGUCGAUGUUAUCCAGCCUGGGGCUUUAGCAUGUUGCGCACAACUGAGAAAUGUGAAGUGUGGUUUAAAAUAUUUCAUAAUUUUGAUUAAAAAAAUAUAA